GCUGAUGAUCCCGUGCCGCGCAUGGGGCCCAUAAGACGUAUCAUCCAUCAUGUGAAGAAGAAGUUGAGCGAGCGCAGGAACAGACGAUGGAAAUCAAGGAAAUCGUCGACGACAAAAACUACAAAGGACCAUUGGCGGCUUGUGUUCCGGCAGACAGUGCCAUAUUUCUUCUCCGCAGACGAGUGGUCGAAGAAUCCAACAGAUCCGGAAUCCGACAACUUUGCAAUCCUUGACCAACUGGAAGAUUUCCGUGUCAAUGGGGCCUUGUACUUCAGGCAGAGCUGGCCCACGCUUGGAGAGGAGGAUCAGAUUUGGAAGCAGACCUCCAACCCUGUCACCAGCACGGAUGGUUCCGUCACCGGCUAUGAACCCAUUUCCAUUGCCUCCACGGGUCAGUUCUGGGGCGGCCUGCAGUACAAUGGAAAUCAGGCAUUGCUGGAUGGAUCCAGCGUUGACAACAGCAGCAAUUGGUGGUAUUCCAUCGGCUCCCACCAAAUCUACGCCGGCGGUAUGCCGGGCCCCCCGGGCACCAUUGUGGAUCUAGUGGAGCUGUGGGUAUCCACAAUAGAAGUUACCGCAACGACGACGACCACCACCACGUUUAUUGCGGCCCCACCGCCACAGUCACCAGAGGGUGGUACUUGGCAGCUGGUGUUCCGCCAGACAGUGCCACAGUUCUACGCGCCAGGUGAACUGUCCAAGAACGAGAACGCAGACCCGAACAGCGUGAGCGAUUUUUCAAUUCUGGACCAGCUGGACAGCUUCAAUGUUGACGGAGUUUUCUACUUCCUGCUGAGAUGGCCGGGAAGCGGAGAAGCAGAUCAGAUUUGGAGGCAGACCUCCAACCCUGUCACAACUGUCGAUGGAUCCGUUACCGGCUAU